GCAGGAGGAGGAGGGAGUCAAGGGAGAGAAGAGAAGCUUCGUCUUCCUGUCGCCUUGGAGGGGCCCGGAUCCGGAUAUCCCUCGGCAUAAACCUCCAGCUCUCCAGGCGCGCCAAGAAUAUUCGCUCCUCGCGCCCCGCCUGAAUCCUAUUCCAUUCCAAGUUCCAUAUUCAACGCGGUCUCUCCUGAUUUGUACUCCCAAUCUUCUCCCUUAACCUCCGCCGUUUCGUAAUCUCACGUUUAUUGCACACGCUAAACACGAUCGAUCCAGCUCACCGGGCUUCUCAAAUCGGCCAGAAACAGGGAGGAGGAGGGGAGCUCUAAAUUAAGGUGAUCUCCACGUUGAAUCACCUCGAUCCCCGUUGACACUAGUAGCCAACCGCACUUCUCGAUUUGGCGUUGUCUCGGUGUACAUAACAUGGCUCAGCUCAAGGCCGGGCCACGCAAGGGCACCGCCGCCGUGCCGGACAUCGCCGCGCAGCUCGACCUCGCUUCCGCGUGCAUCAAAGGCGGCGAGGCGAUGAUGAUGGGGAGGCCGGCGCUGGUGGUGAUCGGGCACCGGGGGAAGGGGAUGAACGCGCUGGCGUCGCCGGACGAGCGGCUGCGGGAGGUGAAGGAGAACACUGUCCGCUCCUUCAACGACGCCGCAAGCGUCUCCGGCGUCGCCUACGUCGAGUUCGACGUCCAGGUGACCAAAGAUGGCUGCCCGAUCAUCUUCCACGACAACUUCAUCUUCACCCAAGAACAAGAUGGUGAAAUCACCGGGAAACGCGUCACCGAUCUUCGCUUGGACGAAUUUCUGUCCUACGGCCCCCAAAUAAAGGAUCAGGGAAAGGUCGGGAGGCCAUUGCUCCGGAAGCUCAAGGACGGCAGGAUACUGAGAUGGGACGUGCGGUGCGACGACGUGCUCUGCACGUUGCAGGAGGCGUUCGAGGACGUCGACACUCGGGUCGGGUUCAACGUCGAGCUCAAGUUCGACGAUGACCUUGUGUACCAGGAAGGGGAGCUCACCGGCAUCCUGCAGUCCAUCCUCAAGGUCGUUUCCGAGCAUGCCAGGGACAGGCCCAUCAUCUUCUCCAGCUUCCAGCCCGACGCGGCGCGGCUUAUGCGAAAGCUGCAAGAUGGAUACCCUGUUUACUUCCUGACGAACGGAGGGACGCAGAUCUACGCUGACGCGAGGCGGAACUCGCUGGAGGAGGCCGUCAGGCUGUGUGUCGCCUGCGGCCUGCAAGGGAUCGUGUCGGAGGCCAGGGCGGUGUUCAGGCACCCGGCGGCCAUAGUCAUGGUCAAGGAGGCCGGCCUCUCCCUGCUCACCUACGGGCAGCUCAACAAUGUGCCAGAGGCCGUGUACAUGCAGCACCUGAUGGGGGUGGACGGGGUGAUCGUGGACCUGGUGCAGGAGAUCACCGAGGCCGUGUCGGAGUUCGCUGCUGCGGUCGCACCAGCUGAGCCCGGUCUUGAAGACGGUUCGGUCGGGAUGUUGGAGACGGUGGCGAAGAGAACGCCCAACUUCUCGCAGCGGGAAAUUUCCUUCCUGCUGAGGCUCAUACCCGAGCUUGUACAGUAGUAGCAGUAGCACACGGCCUGACGAAGACUUGGGGCAAGCAGGCAACGACCCGAAGUAAAGAGAGUCAACGUGCUGCCAAAAUCGCAUUCUAGAGGAUUAAGCAUAAACCACCUGAAAUACUAAUUUAUACCCUGACAGUGUGCGACCAAACGAAUCACGGCACAAGGAAUCGUAAGUGACGAGGAGAGGAUAUCUAUUACUCCUGCUAUUUCACCAACUUCAUAUAUUCUGCGGUUUGGAUCUUUUUGCGUUCAAGUUCCUCCGAAAUAUGAGGUGAAGCCCACUUUCAGAACACCACUUUGAAGUUUACUUCGUUUUAGAGUUUGAAAUUUAUUUAAGUUUGCAGUGUUUUCUUUAUUUUCGUUUGAUGGUUUUUGGGCCUGUCCAAAACAAUUUUUAGUUCAGCCUAUGGGCCUUCGUUGUGUGGCGUAUGGCAUGUCCCACCCAAGUUGCGUUAGAGCCACCCUAUAAAGGGUUUUCGGCAGCCGACGUUGAAAAGGGAGUUGAAUUUUUGAGAUUAAGAAUGGACCAAAAAAGUCCCAAUGUUUGGGGGCGCA